CUCUGUGUAACAUAACCUCAAAAAAGUCUUUGAGAAAAUGUUAAAAAAAGUUUAAAUAAUCAAACCAAAUAAAAUAAACAGUAUUCUCAAUUAACUCAAUAAAAGGAAACUAUCAUCAAAAGCAUGUUCUCAAGAACUUGUUUCACAUCUCAGUUGAGAAAUUAUACUAGAUCGAUACGAAAUAAUAAAGAUUUUCAGAUACACAGAUUGAAGUUUUCUACUACUGUUUUACUUAGGACCGAAAAAAUAGAUGACAAGACGUUGAGGGUUGAUAGAAAUAAUAAUCUUGCUGCUAAAACAGAAUAUUUUAAUAGAAUCAAGCAAUUUUUUUCAAAAACAAAUAUUGGCAGUUUGGGUGCAGCUGGACUAGUCCUUGAUGCAAAUACCUCGAAUUCUCCAGAAAAAGGUACAAUUAUUUCAGAAGUCGCAGAUCAAACAGCAUCAAGGAUCUUAGAUACAACUACAAUUUCUACAACAGGACAUAUUGAAAAUGCAUCAGAAGUACCUUCUUCUACAAUUGUUGAUGCAUCACAAGUAUCAACGAACACAGUAGUAGAAGCUAAUGUCCUGUCCCCUGUUAAUACAGAAAAAAUUACUACAGCAAGUAGUGAAAGUAUAACAAUUGAUCCUAUUCCUGAACCUCCUCCUGUUCCUGAAUUUUUACCAGUGAAUGAAGUUGUUGAGCAGUUGAAUGCUUUGGGUCAACCAACAUUUGCAUCCAUGGGACUUGGAGGAUGGACUCCUGUUGGACUAAUCCAGCAAUGUUUUGAAUUCUGCAAUGUUACCAUGGGUAUUCCAUGGUGGGGAACUAUUGCAAUAGGUACUCUCAUUAUCAGGCUAGCUAUGUUUCCCCUAGUUGUUAUAGCCCAAAGAAAUUCUGCUAAAAUGGCUAAUAAUCUGCCUGGACUUCAAGCUAUUCAAAUGAAACUAACAGAAGCUCGGCAAUGUGGUAACCAACUUGAAGCAGCAAAAUAUUCACAAGAAAUGAUGAUAUUCAUGAAAGAGAAGGGAGUGAAUCCCUUGAAAAAUAUGAUUGUACCAAUGGCUCAGAUGCCGGUAUUUAUUUCUUUUUUCAUGUCAUUGAGGCAAAUGGCUAAUAUACCUGUUGAGAGUUUGAAAACUGGUGGAAUGUUGUGGUUUACAGAUUUGACUUUGCCUGAUCAAUUCUACAUCCUACCAAUAGUCACAAGUGUAACUUUAUGGGCAACGAUUGAGUUGGGUGCUGAUUCUGCUAAAUUAUCGACCCAAAAUCUUCAGACUAUGAAAUAUGUCUUGAGAGCUUUGCCACUUAUUGUUUUCCCCUUCACCGUCAAUUUCCCUGGUGCAGUGUUAGUUUAUUGGACCACCUCGAACUUUGUUUCUUUAGCUCAAGUUGGUUUCCUUAAAAUACCUCAAAUUAGGGAGUAUUUUAAUAUAGAAAGACCAAUUCGCUAUGACCCAUCAACAUUGCCAAUCAAACCGAAAGGUUUCACCGAAGGACUCAAGGACUCUUGGACUAAUAUAAAAAUAUCAAAAGAAAUUGAAGAAAGAAGGAGACUAGAUGAACUUCGAUUUAGGAGAGCUGGAAAAGGCCCUAUUGUUAAGACAUAUAAAUAUGACCCCACCAAACAAAUGAAUCCCACUAGUUCUGCACCAAUAAGUGCUAAAAAGAGAUAAUAAUAGUUUUGUAAAUACGUUAUAAAUGAAGUUUCCAAAAUAA